UAUUAAAAUUGUUUAGCAAAACAAAACAAACCAGUUUCCGGCCGCGAAAUUUAAAAAAAAUAAGAAGUACACAAAAAAAAUAACCCUGAAAAAUUUACAUCACCAAGAUAUUGAAAUUUUCUAUCUCUGAAAUUUUGCACCACCUACUUUACGGCCUGCACCAAAGGCGAAAAUAAUGGAUAAGCAUCGGAUGUCGUACCGGCAGACCUUCGUGGUCGCCAUUAUAGUUGUUUUAGUUGUAGCCUCGCUGGGUUUUGUUCAUGCAAACGACGAUGCACAACACUGUAUGAUGAGUUGCAAAACUAGAAACGGAAAAGGAUGCAUUGGUCGACUUUACCAGCUUUCCGAGGAGCUUAGUCGUGUCGCUAAGUUGCCGGUAGGUUCGCAUGUUUGCCGGCGACAUUGGGAUAUGUUACGAAGAAGCAACUUGCGCUGCUCAUGUCCCAUGCACGAUAAACAACAGCCCUCACGUCUGAACAAGCAACCUAUUCCAAGUCGUUUUUAUCCGGUAUUUGACGAGAUUGGGCUAACAGUGGCAGAAUACCAGCCUGGUACUCGGUGGUGUUACCGGUGCAAGUUGCUCGCCUAUAAGAAAUUUGAAAGCCGUCCUCAAACAAGUAGAAAACCAGUCGAGGAAAAAGCAAAUAGUAGUACAUCCGCCAUCAGCACAGAACAACAACUACAAAAGAUAUUUCAGUUUACGGGAUCCCCUAUUCUACACCUCAAUGAAAGUAUGCAAGAUAUAUCUAUGUCAGCACCUACCAUAUCCCAACUGGAUCAAACAAAGCAACAAUUUGGAAGGCUGUUUUCAAGACUUGAAGCUCUAGCAGACAUAUGUGACAUUCAUCUCCUGGAAACAUGGAAAGAGCUGCAAACUCCCCUAGGUACCAUCAAAAUUGCCCCAAAUGGCAACGUGUUAAUGGAUAGUCAAGUAUGGGACCAAAUAAAGACAACAAUCAAAGAAUUGGAUGAAUUGGAUGAAGGUAAUUCACUGGGCCAACUAGUGCAACAAUUUCAGAUGGCUCUAUACCAUCAUGCCCUCAGUAGUGAAGCUCCAUUAUAUGAGCCAGCAGCAAUGAAAGCGUUCACACAAAAACACUCUCCAGGUCAGUUUGAAAUGCUUUUAAGUUCAAUAACAAGGGAGGACUCCAGACUCUCAGAUGAACAUCAAGCUGUACAGGAGCAAAGAACUGUUGUUCUCCUUCACACACUGGCAUAUUUCAGGUCUCAGAAAACUUCCACCCUACAAAAGGAUGAAGGGCUAUUCCUACAACAUCAUGGUGCUUCUAGGACAGCAAUCAAUUCAGGAAGGAUACUUGGUUUCAGUACAAGUCCUAGAAAUAUUGAUUCUCACAAGAAAGCACUAAUAACAAAAUAUCCAGACAUACUGAUGAGAAAGGUUAUCCUGGCAACAGAGAAAGGAUUCCUAAUUGUACAACUGUUGGAUGACUUCCAUAAUAUUUUGACUGUUAGACUACCAACAAAUCUGAAGCUAUCAUUAGCUACGCACAUGGCUAGUGGCCUACUGGACAUCUAUCCUUCAAUUCCUGCUGUUCCUAUUCCUACAAGAGAUACAAGACACAGCCGAGUGAUUGUGAAGAUAGGGAAUGAAAAUAAAAUUUGCAGAGGAGGAAUUGUUCUAGACUACAUAAAAGAGUUGUUUCAAAGACCAGUGUUAUCAAAAAUGUACUUGGAAACAAAUCACCAAUGCAUUUCACCAAAAUACAUCCAACAACAACUAAAGGAAUUGAGGUAUUCUAUGGAUUUUAAUGUAGUGGUCUUUUCUGGGUUGUCGCACGAUGAGCUCUGUACCCUUGAGUCUACUAAUUUAAUAGAUGAGUUUGAGCAAUCUUUGAAAAGUAUGGAGGACUAUAAAUCAGCCAUUGAUCACAUAUUCCUGUGCUGUCCACAACUGGAACAUUACUUGAAAAAAUUUGUAGUACCAGCACCCGGGGACUGGCCAACUUGGUUUUAUCAAAAGAAACUCAUUGCUCAAGAAGUCAAUGCAGAUGCCAGUUUCCUAUCAGUCAUCCCAGAGCAGGGCCCAUUUCAUGUUUUCCUGAAUCUACAAGAUGUUGUAAAAAUUUAUGACUUCUUAUUUAAAAAAGUGUACAAAGAGACAUUUGGAUCUGACUUACCCAACAAGCCAAAGCCUUUUCGCGUCAGCCUGGUAAUAACUGCUGUUUUUCUGGCGUGGGGCAAAUUACGUGAUAAAGUUCUCCUAAAAUUCAAGCUCUGCAAAGACAUAGAGUAUGCUUCCAUUCUGUUUCUUUUAGAUGAGGUGGUUCCCAUAUCAUUCUUCCACUAUCCUGUUACAUUCAGGUCUGGAGACAUGGAAUCAUAUAUAACAAUGAUGUUAAAGUUAUCUCUACUGUUUAUAAUCUGGAAAAGGCAUCAUUAUGACAGAUCAACACUCUUGAUGCUUAGUGACUUUUCUUUUCACAAACAACAUUUUUCACAGUACCAUGAACUUAAAAAGAAAUGGAUGGCUCUAAUAACAGAAAAGAAAGUUGAAAUCUGGCAUAGUGUGCUACGCAGCUUCAUUUCAAGUUAUGACAGUGCUAGUCAAAUUAGGGACAAAGCCCUGUCAUUUGCUGCAUCAAAGACAGAACAGCUCUUUCAUAACUAUUUAACAACACCAUACAGUAGAGGUUAUUCUGAAAAAGACCUAAGUUUGGUGACUGGUACAGCUGCUGAUGCAUUACUGAAAAUCAUCAAGCAAGUUGGUCAAAAUCUGGGAAAAGCAAAGCAGGUUCCACAAGAAACAAAUGCAAGAGGGCAGCCUAAAGGAGACAUGAAAUUUUUUCUUCCUACCUUUGACACCGCCAUUACUUCAAAAGCAAUGCCCCUUGGCUACUCAUUUGUAAAAGAAGACCCUUCCACAAUGCCUGAUCCUAAAUUAAUCUGUGACUACAAAAACUGCACGCAAUUAUCAACAACCAAUGUCAAUCGCCUUAACUGUUUUCACACAUUUCACAAUUUUUGUUUAGAAAAGGCUGGAUACCAGUGUCCAAUCUGUUCCCCUCACCUUGCUGAAAAAAUUGCAGAAAUCUGUUCAGCAUUUAAUGAAAGCUUGUUGAAACCAACAGCAAAAUCUACUAGAACCCCACAAAGCAAUCAAGAACCUGGUAGUAAUGAUGAGAAUGACAGCAUUAAUGUCAAAAGAAAUUGUGACCCUGAAUACUAUGACUCUGCACAAUGGGAAUCCCACAUUGACAUUCCUAAUCACCAGGCUGCACCUUCACAGGCAAUUGACAUCCAAGUUACAACUCAUCCAGUUGGUUCAUCUACAUUUUGGUUCUUUCCUCCUUACAUAUCUCAGUCAACUCUACUUGGAAGAAAUGGAUCUAAUGCAUGUACUUUUAUCUCACAAAUUUUGGCCCAUUCAUAUAUCACUUCUGCAAACCGAACCAGUAUACAGCUCAGCCGUGGUCCUCCCACAAACCCUCAUUGGCUUUCAAUGAUGUUAUCUGCAACUGUUCGUGGCAACAGCAUAUAUGACACUGUGACAAAUGGUUGCGGGUCUCCAUUCUUUAGUGUUGUUGAGGCAAAACCACAUCUAGAUUCAGUCAUUGGGACUGUUUCUCUUGAAGACACUCUCGAUCUGUCAAUUACAUCAGCUAAUCCACAGGUUCCUCAAAGUUCACUUGCAUUUUAUCUGCAAAGGCUUGAUCGCGAACAGAACUUAGCAGCAAUAGUCAUAGCUAAUGGAAUGACAAUAUCUCUCGUCGGACACGAUUCAAAGAUCUGUUCUAGAUAG